AAUUAUUUCUAUAUUGUAGACUUGAAUAUCGACGUUUUAACAACAAAUUAUGAAACGUUUUCCAUCGAAGAAGACACUGGCAUGUGGACAUUUCUCCUAGCGGAGAUCAAUGGUUUGUCGGUUGGAAUGGAUGUUCCUCAGCCAAAGGGUUUGAAAGUUUGGGAUCGGUUCAGAACUUCAGUGGGCACAAUCAGAAGUUCCCCGAGUUAGAGUAAACGAUUCUCGUCUGAACAGUUCUCCACUACAAGCGAUUGCGGUAUUCGUUUAAAGGAUCAAGCGAAGCUGCAUUUUGUCUACGCUCUGCCUGUGAACACGGAUCUUCUUAAAAAGUUUCAAGAGUUUUCUGAUGUGGAUUGCGACCUGGGGAUGUAUUUUGAUGUUCAAAGAUCGAUCUGGUGGUCUUAAUCUAAAGAAGAAGCAGAGUACUUUGGGAAAAAGGAAUAGCUCUGAUACAGUUGGAACGCAAUCAAAGAAUACGCGGGAUAUUCGAGAUGAUGAUGAUGAUAAGAAGGAUGUGAAACCACGACCAACAUCAAAGAAUCAACUGCUCGACUCUGUCAAAAUGUCUGCAGUUCUUGACACUUUUCUGACCGUCAUUUAAAAAAUUAAGACAAAUUAGUUGGAUGAGCUUCGCCAACGAAUGGAACAUGCUCUGUUGGCUUCCGAUCAGAAAAGAAUUUCCAUCAAGGAUAUCAAAGAAAUGCUCGAGGGAGUAUUGGAAAAGAUGGACAUUUGAUGAGCCACUUCUUCGAAAUCCUACAACAAAGCCUCCUACUCGUACUUUGUAAAUAAAGACUUUCAUGA